ACGAUGCUUGGACACAUUAGUGCCAACCCCAUUUAACCAGUCAAACACCCCAGAAAGAAUAUUCAAGUCUAGAGACCAGUUUGUUAGAGAGCCGUCACAGGAGGAAAAGCAAACACAUUAAAAAGCAAUAUAUACAUCUCAAUCAUACAAACCCAAAUAGAAUACCAAGUUAGUGUUUUCUUUUUUCUUCCCAAAAAAAAGAUUGCACAUUUUUAAUGGCUCAAAUUUCCAACACUUCAAAUUCAUUGUACAACUUUAUUGUAAGAGAUGGCAAUGGAAUCAAAGGCUUAGUAGAUUCAGGUUUAUUAGAGGUUCCAAAGAUAUACAUACAACCCAUAAAUGAAAGAAUCAACAAACUAGAAACAAAACCAUGUGAUAUGCCACCAAUUGACCUAUCAAAGCUCAAUGGAAAAGAACAUGAAAAAGUGGUGAAUGAGAUUGUUAGAGCAGCUGAAACUCUUGGAUUCUUUCAAGUAGUGAAUCAUUGUGUUCCUUUGGAGUUAUUGGAAUCAGUUAAAGAUUCAGCACAUGCAUUUUUCAAUAUGCCACCAGAGAAAAAAGUUGUUUACCGACAAAAUGUGAGUACAAGUUUAAAGAUGAGAUAUCAAACUACUUUUGCACCUGAGAUAGAAAAUGUUUUGGAAUGGAAAGAUUAUAUCAAUAUGGUAUAUAGUAGUGAUGAAGAUGCUCUUCAAUAUUGGCCUAAUGAGUGCAAGGAUGUUGCACUUGAAUAUUUGAAGCUAUCAUCUAAGAUAGUUAAAGUCAUUUUGGAAAUACUAAUUGGUAAGCUAGGAGUGGAAUUAGAUGACUCAAAAAUUGAGAGUCUAAUUGGUUUGAAAAUGGUGAACAUGAACUACUACCCAGCAUGCCCAAAUCCAGAGCUAACAGUUGGUGUAGGGCGUCACUCAGAUGCAGGGACUAUCACAGUGCUUCUUCAAGAUGGAAUUGGUGGCUUAUAUGUCAAAGCUGAGGAUGAGAAUGAUGUUGGCAAAGUUGAAUGGCUUGAAAUUCCACCAAUACCUGGAGCUUUAGUCAUCAAUGUUGGUGAUGCUUUAGAGAUACUAAGCAAUGGGAAAUACAAGAGUUCUGAACACCGAGUCAUGACAACUUCGAACCAAUCCAGAGUAUCAGUUCCAUUGUUUACUCUACCCAAAUUUACAGAGAAGAUUGGCCCAUUACCAGAAUUAGUGAAGAAAGAUGGAUUGGCUGGUUAUAGAGAAGUCUUGUGGAAGGAUUACAUGGACAACUUCUACGGUGUUGCUCAUGAAGGAAAGAAGACUCUUAAUUUUGCAAAGAUCAACUCUAGUUAACAAUAUAACUAAUACUUAUGUUUCCUUUCUCAUUUCGUUUACAUGAAUAAAACUUUCAUGAUUAUAUAACAAUAUAUACAAGGCUAUUAUUAUAACAAUAA